AUGACUCUUGAGUCUGCAAUGCAUGCAUUGAAAUCACUGAAAUUAUUUGUUGAGUCCAAAAGAGACGAGUUUGACAAAUGCAAAGAAGCUGCUAAAGGAAUAUCAAAGGAGAUGGAUGCUGCAAAUUUGUAUGCUGCAGAAGAUGAAUUAGUAAAAGUUUACAAAGACGAUUUAGAACCUAGUCUUGGUAAUGAGUUGGUUCAAUUUGUAUCUUUGAUAAACUUAUAUAAAACAGACUAUAAAAAAGACCUAUCUAAGGAGCUGUUCUAUAAUCAAAUUCUUGAAAAUCAAAAUUUUCCAAACAUCGAAAUCACACUGCGAAUGUAUUCGGUUUUGAUGGUGUGA